ACGAAAAAAAUGUCGGAAGGUGAUGUCAAGGUCUUCCCCUCCCUCCCUUUUAAUUCUCUGCUUUCGGUACUCUCAUCUCACUGGAAACUAGCCGUGUGCUUACCUAGACCCCAAAGAAUGGCGAAUUCGUCGAAGCAUCAGGGAUUUUGUUUUGCUUGAGUUUCUGGUGUUGAUCUGGCACAUGCGUAGCCACUGAAUUUAUUGAAUUUGUCCAGAGGAUCUCUCUUCCCCCUAUCUGAAUCAUUUAUUUCCAAGCAGUGGCAGUAUGGUGUCAUCACCGUGGUCUAUGUUGUUAAAGUUACGUUGUGUAACCAUUGAUGUAACUGGCACACUUAUAGCUUACAAAGGAGAACUUGGUGACUACUACUGUAUGGCAGCCAAAGCUGUUGGAUUGCCUUGUCCAGACUACAAGCGCAUGCAUGAGGGAUUCAAAGAUGCAUAUACCAACAUGGCAAAGCAAUAUCCAUGUUUCGGCUAUGCAGAAAAAAUGCCAAACAUUGUCUGGUGGAAAUCAUGCGUCAAAGACUCCUUUAUCAGGGCAGGCUAUGAAUAUGACGAUGAAACAUUUGAGAAGGUUUUCAAACGCAUAUAUUCUGUAUUUGGUUCCUCUGCUCCUUAUACCAUCUUUCCAGAUUCCCAACCAUUCCUAAGAUGGGUGCGUGAAAAAGGAAUCACUGUUGGGAUUGUGAGCAAUGCCGAAUACCGGUAUCAGGAUGUCAUCCUUCCUGCCUUGGGCUUGGAACAGGGAUUCGAAUGGGAUUUUGGUGUGUUCUCUGGUCUUGAAGGCGUGGAAAAGCCAGACCCUAGAAUCUAUGAGAUUGCGCUGCAGAAGGCUGGAAAUAUUGCACCGGAAGAAGCUUUGCAUAUUGGAGAUAGCUUUCGGAAGGAUUACAUGCCGGCAAAGAGCAUAGGAAUGCAUGCAUUGCUGUUGGAUAGAUUCAAGUCACCUGAUGCUGAGAAUUGGAGGAAAGCAGGUGCACUUGUGCUUCCUGAUCUAGUGGCUACACAAGCUUGGCUUACUGCAGAGAACUCAUCUUCCCAGGAAGCUGCUUCCUAUACCUGAGAUGGGGUUUUUUCUGUUAUAUUUCUUUCUUUAUUUGGUACAAUUACCUGAGAUGAUGCUGGUUGCUGGAUUAGUGUUCCUAAUGUUGGAUAGGAUGUUACCUUGGCUAGGUACUAUCUUCAUGCCCAGAUACCCUCAAAUUGAAUUGUAGGGUUGGGUAGAAAGUGUAUAGCCCUGGAAUGACAGAAUCCAAUGCGUCGGUGACUGGAUUCACAUAACCGAGUCGUUGAAAUUAUUUAACUGACUGAUAUAUGCAUGCAUCAUGCAUGUGAAUCCAUAUUUCAUUGUGUCAAAUCCUUGAGUUGUCUUGUUCGUAUUUUUAUGGAACAAAUUCUCAGGGAUUCUGGAUACAGCAAUA